AUGGCGGGUCUGCCAGUCAAACUGCCCAAAAAUAUUUCAGAAUGGGAGAAGCAGGUCGCUAAAACUGGCCUGACAGGACAAACCAUCCACGCAGCAAAACCUGCCUCUGCCUCAAAGUUCGAAUACGACGAUUUUCUGUUGCUUCAAGUCAUAUGGGUGGAACACACCAUCGGAGACCUCAAUAAGCUGCUGCCCGGAAUGGACGAGUGUAUCGAAAAGGCAAACAAGAUGCUGAAGGAAUACAAUUCAUGGGGCGCCUACUGCCGGGGGUUUGACGGUGGAAAUACCAAUGAAGGGACCUUUGCAGUUGCGCGCCACUACCAGCUCGAGGUCUGCAAAACCGUCGACCCUGCGGAGGCUGACGCCCUGGUGACGCCCGUUGCACGCCGAACUCGAGCUCAGCUACAUGAGGACGUGGCCCAAAUGAACCUCGGAACGCCGACCAGAAGCAGCGGGAUUGCCAGUUCGAUGGAAGCCCAAGAUCUUGACUUGGUGAUGGAUGAUUCUGAUAGUCCCCAUAACUACACUCCAAGCCCAUUUCGCCCAAUGACUCCGGCUCCCAAAGAGCUUGCGAGCGUGCUCUACCCUCCGUCCCUGGACGAACAGAUUGUCAAUUGUGCUCUAGUAAUUUUCCUUAACGCACUCACAAUCCAUUUCGACAUGGACAGUAACUGGACUUUACAUCGAAAGGCAUUCAAAGCAGUGUUCGGUGAUGCUAGUUUCGAAGCAAGAGUUGAUGGAUACCUCAAGCACCGCGGCAAUCCCAGGGUUAUUAUCGAGGUGAAGCCGGCGAGUCGAUCCAGCAAAGAGCUUUCCAUUCAAAUGCAGGAGAGCGCCCAGGUAGUCGCCUGGAUAAAAAGUGACGCCAACAAAGAACACCACGGCAAGAGACUUCGUCUUCAUCUGGCUCAAGAUCGCCAUGAGAUCUACUUAACGAUUGCCGAAUAUGAUAGAGAGUAUGUCAAGUACUUGGAAGACAAGGAUUGUCGCAGCGGCGCAUCUUUCAUGACGAUGCACCGCUUCGGCCCUUUCGAUACCCUUGAUCGCAAUCACGUACAAAAGGUGGGGCCUAUUUUGUUAGCCAUAUCUCUGUGGGCGGGAUCGAACACAUGGAAACAUUGA